CUCUAGCCGCCUGCGCUCAGCUGCAGCUGCCCGACGGGCCUGGGGGCGCCGGGCAGGAGGAGUUGGAGGAGGACGAUGCCUUUACCAGCGUACAGGUGCCGGCGGCUGCCUUCUUGGGCUCUGGGACCCCCGGGAGUGGGAGCGGCAGUCGAGGCCGCCUCAACUCGUUCACUCAGGGAAUCCUGCCCAUCGCCUUCUCCAGGCAGACCUCGCAGAACUACUGCUCCCUGGAACAAGCGGGCCAGGGGGGCAGCACCAGCGCCUUCGAGCAGCUGCAGAGGUCCCGACGUCGCCUCAUCUCCCAGAGAUCAUCCUUGGAGACCCUAGAAGAUAUUGAGGAGAACGCCCCUCUACGGAGAUGUCGAACACUCUCAGGUUCGCCCAGACCAAAGAACUUUAAGAAGAUUCAUUUUAUCAAGAACAUGCGGCAACAUGAUACGAGGAAUGGCAGAAUAGUCCUUAUCAGUGGCAGAAGAUCCUUCUGUAGUAUAUUUUCAGUGCUGCCAUAUCGCGACAACGCCCAAGUUGGGGAUUUGAAGUUGGACGGAGGGAGACAAUCAGCAGGAGCCGUGAGCUUGAAGGAGAUCAUCGGCCUUGAAGGCGUGGAGCUGGGAGCCGAUGGGAAGACUGUUUCUUAUACCCAGUUUCUGCUACCCACGAAUGCCUUUGGAGCGCGGAGAAACACCUUAGACUCCACGGCCUCCUGCCCCCAGCUCCGUGCCCUGAGCCACCGCAGCCUCUCCAUAGGGCGGGCAGGCAGCACCCAGGGCGGCCUCGACACAGGCAGCGACCUGGGAGACUUUAUGGACUAUGACCCAAAUCUCCUGGAUGACCCCCAGUGGCCUUGUGGCAAGCACAAACGAGUUCUGAUCUUCCCUUCGUACAUGACCACUGUCAUCGACUAUGUGAAGCCCUCGGAUCUCAAGAAGGACAUGAAUGAGACCUUCAAGGAGAAGUUCCCUCACAUUAAGUUAACACUCAGCAAAAUAAGGAGCCUAAAGCGAGAGAUGCGGAAGCUCGCCCAGGAGGACUGUGGCUUCGAGGAGCCCACGGUGGCCAUGGCCUUUGUCUACUUUGAGAAGCUCGCCCUCAAGGGAAAGCUCAACAAACAGAACCGGAAGCUUUGUGCCGGGGCAUGUGUGCUCUUAGCAGCCAAAAUUGGAAGCGACCUCAAGAAACACGAAGUCAAGCAUUUAAUUGACAAGCAGUACUGGGAGCUUUUCAGGGAGUCUUGUGUCUGGCCAGCAGAGAUGAGCCGUGAACUGUUUACUGCUCAGCAAGGAACGGGAGCCCCGUGCAGAAGACCGCUCUCCCAGCUCUCCGCGAGCAAGGCUUCCUCGCGGCCACACGCAGACCUUGCAGGCUUGUCCCCGGGUCUUCUCUCCAGACCCAUUCCAACCCAGAGCGUGAAGUCCUAGAGCAGAGGAGGGGAAGGGAAUUUGCAGAAGUUGGAGGAGAGCUUCUGGAAGACACGCUCCCUAUGUCAAAAGAGCGUGCCAAUUUAUUUUUGUAUCCGCUGUUGGAAGUGCACUUUCCCCUGGGGCGUGUGGAUGAGCGAGUGUGUCAGUGUGUGUGUCUGAGAGAGGCCACGUCAGCCUGCCACCCCCAAGGCCAGCCCCACCCUCUACAGAGAGACCUCAGCCUGGGGUCUGGGGCCAGGCAGACCUGCGGCAAUUAUUUCUAGACAAUCUCUGGAUAAGCACCACUCUCUGCAUAACCUCCUCUGCCCUUAGCAAAUGCCAUUGUUUCUGUUACUGCUCCUACUGCCACCAGCGGGGCAGAGACCAGCUCUCACGGGCGGACGCAGCAGGGAACUCUGUCCCUUUCCGCCGUCACGCCCUGUGCGUCCAGCGCACCUGCGCACUUUCCCCACUGUGGAGACACUGGGGCUGGGCUCGUGGUGUGUAUUCCUGUGCUCUAUGUUAGAGUGCACCAUAGGCACAUUUAUUGUGCUGGAGAUAUACAUACAUAUAUAUAUAUAU